AUGUACCCACUUGCCUACCCCCUCAACUCAUCCCCUGCCCCACCCCCCAACCCAAAGCCGCAAAUGCCUGGGAAGCCGGACUACCGGUCGACGCUCCAGUGCGUUGCACUGACUUCAAAAGAGGUCCACUUCGCAGGAGUUUGCAAGAAUUUUACUCUUGUGUUCGGCAUUUGGUUCACCGCCGCAAUUCGAUCACUCAUCACUCUCCUCAUUGACCCUCACGACAUGUAUUUGGUUGUGAUUGGUGCAUUGACAGGAUUGGGCCACUUUGUCAGUGUUCAAAUCCCAUUGGUUCCCGUGGCUAAGUCAGGGAUUCGUCGGAUCGCCCGAUUGGUCACUCAUUCAGUCUUCCAUCGCUGCACAUUCUAA